GGGGCCGGGGCAUCACGCCGCCGCCGCCUCCCCCAUUCUCAUCUCUUCCGCGGUUGUCAACUCACCACUCACCACGCUUUCCUAACUCAGCGAAGGCCUGCGGCUUUGUUAUUCGGCUUUCAUCUCGGUGUCAAAACUUUGCAAUAGGACUCAUGGCAAUGGAGAUGAGAGCAGGUGAAUCUCUAGACAUAUCGGAGAACCUGACUCGAGCUAUCGCGCCUUAUGCCAUGGCCCUGCAUGAUGAAUUCCUCCACUCCCACUGCUCCUCCUGUUUCAGGGACUUGCCAUCACAACGUACAUGUGUCGUGUCUUGCAUGGUGUGCUGCUCUGUUCGAUACUGCUGCUCAGACUGCUUAAGCUCGGAUUGUCAAGUGCAUAUGUCUUCUGGCGAAUGUUGUUUCUUUGCAAACCACCUUGAAAAAGCCUCUACUUCCUGCACCACUGAAGGAACAAGUGAUUUCCGUGCUGCUUUACGCCUUCUUUAUUUGCUUGAGAUGCAUGGUCUUGUUUCUUCAGAUUCAAUAAACCAGUCCAGUAGAAUUGGUGGGCUUUCAGUAAGUGGUAUUCGGGAAGUCCUGGAGGAAGGUGGUGAGGUUUCUGAGAGGAUACUAGAGGGAAGCAUGCUGAUGUCGUCGGCCAGAAAAAUGAGGACGCAAAAUGCUGUUGUUUUCUUGAAUGGUCUGACAGUAGAGAUGGUGGCAUUAUGGGCAGUGAUGAUCAACAGUGUUGAGGUGCAGAUUUGUGAAGGACGAGACUUGGGCAUCGCAGUUUAUGGGCCUAAUUUCUCAUGGUUCAAUCAUAGUUGCUUUCCAAAUGCUUCUUAUAAUUUUAUAUUGGCUCCAUGGAAGGAAGAUUCUGUUUCAGACAAACCACCAUACCGUGCAGUCCCUGCAAGCAAAGGAAUUGCAUCAGACGCGUGGCGUGCUUGGCAGUUUGAAGAUGGUUUUACUCAUGUUGGGAAAUAUGGUCCAAGAGUUGUUGUCCGUUGCACGAGGCCAAUCAAUAAGGGUGAUGAAGUUUGCAUAGCAUACAUUGAUCUUCUCCAGACCAGGGAAGCAAGGCAUUCAGAUCUUUGGUCAAAGUACAAAUUCAUUUGUUUUUGCAAGCGCUGUACUGCAUCACCUGAACCAUAUGUGGAUCUUAUUCUGAAUUGUGACUUUAGGAAAUUGAAUUCACUGGAGGAUGCUGUUAUGUCUCCAGCAAUCGAGAAUUUGGAUGAUAUCUUACAACAGGCAAUCUCUCAAUACUCAUUAGGUGAUGACCCUAAAGCUUGCUGUGAUAUAAUUGAAAGCAUGCUUUCCAAAAACUGGAUGGGUGAGUUGCAGAAAGUGGAACUUUCACGGAGAAGACAUAUGCUACAUCCUCUUCACCAUAUAAGUCUUAGAGCUUACAUGGCCCUUGCCUCUGCUUACCGUUUCCGCGCCCUAAAAUCAAACACUGAUGGUUUUAACGGAGAAAACAGUAAUGUUUCUUUCGAAAUGACCAAAGCUGCAGCAGCUUAUUCAUUUGUUCUUGCAGGAGCUACACACCAUCUCUUCUUAUCUGAAUGCUGUUUUAUGACCCCACUGUCGCAUUUUUUGUUAAGUACUGGACAGUCCAUGUUAGAUCUUGUUCAAUGUAUACAGGGAGGGGCAGGGAAGAAUGUAUCUGAAGCCAAGUUCAGCUUUGCUUCAUGUUCAGUAAGUUCAGCACAAUAUGAUUCCAUCCAGCACCACCAAUUCAGAUCAACUUGUGAUGAUUUUGGCAGGCGCAUGUUAUCAUUAUCAUUGCAGUGCUGGCCAUUUCUAGCUCAAAGCUCACUCAUUCUGGAAAAGAUAAAGAACCCUAUAGACUUCAGUUGGCUUGGGACAACAAUAUUUCAGUCUCUCCAUCUUUCUGAAGAAGAUUCUGCCAACCUUUCUUAUGCAGAUGGGUUACCGAUUUCCAUCGAAGAACAGAAGGGUUGUGUUCUCAGCUUAGCUAUUUGCUGCAUCAACUUUUGCAAAUAUCUUGCAAGUAUAUGCUAUGGUCCACAGCAUUAUGUGACAAUUCAUGCUAAAGAUCUGCUUGAAAGUAUUAAUCUUGGACAAUGAAUUUUUCUGUGGUGGCUUUUGUGUAUACCCUGUUGUCAUUAUUGAAGGCUGUGAAGCUUACUUCUAAAUGGUUGAAGGAUUAAACUCAUAUUUUCUUACGGGCACAAUUUGUCAAGUCUGUUUAUUCUGAUGAACAAAGCUAAUAACAGUGAGAUUUAAAACGGAAGUCCCUGACA